GCUGACUAGAUUAGACCAUACUGCAGUUAUAUGCCAUAAUUUUCUGACUUGUAUUUAUUUUGUUUUUUAUAUAAUGGUGUCGAUAUCAAGUGUGUAGGUGAAGCCUACAGAAAAAGAAAAACGUGUUAAUAGCUAUGUUUGAUUUUUUUAUGUUGUGUUUAGUGUAAACGAAAAUUUCAUCAUUGUUUCUUCAGCCCGCCUCUCCUUCCUUUCCACACCAUGGUUCUCGCCAAUGAAAGAUCCGAUCUAGUUCAUCAAAUUUUUUAGAACUUCUCCAUAGAAAUGGUUGAGGUUCUGGUCAUUGAAAUAUGGUUAAGGAUCGUGAUUUUAAAAUAUGUUUCAUCAGACCACCCCAAGGAAGUAGAAUCUGUCAUGCAGUAUUUUGUUAAAGGCUGUUGUAGUAAACAACAAUCUUAACAUUCUCCAAGAAACUGUUGUCCAGUAUGAUUCCGAUUUACCAGAAUUUAGGACCACAUCAGGCGUCACAGUGCAUAAGGAUGGCCAUACUGUUACAGUACCAGUCCUGAUGUUGGUUAAAGCUCUCGACAUCUUGUUAGAUCGUCUUAAAAUAGCGGGUGUUGAUUUUAGCAAAGUAGCUGCAUUAUCAGGUACUGCACAGCAACAUGGCUCUGUGUACUGGCAAAAGGGUGCAUAUGAGAAGCUCCAGUCACUGCAGCCAAACAGGUUCUUGCAUGAUCAGUUGAGAAAUGCAUUUUCAUUGGCUGAUUCUCCCACAUGGCAAGACUCAAGCACAAGGAUGCAAUGUCAGGAACUGGAGAAUGUUGUUGGUGGUCCUCAGAAAUUGGCAGAGAUUACAGGAUCACGAGCAUAUGAAAGGUUCACAGGUCCACAGAUAAUGAAUAUGUACCAGACAAAAAGGGCUGUAUACAACAAUACUGAACGGAUCUCAUUAAUAAGCAGUUUUGCUUGUUCCUUGUUUCUUGGUAACUAUGCACCUAUAGACUAUGCAGAUGCUUCUGGAAUGAACCUAAUGGACCUGCAAACAAAGGAGUGGUCACCAGAGAUUCUCCAGGCAGUAGCACCUGAUGUAGAAGCUAAGCUUGGUACCCCUGUUCCUUCAUACACUAACAUAGGUCCUGUUUCGAAGUUUUACGUAGAAAGAUUUGGAUUCAACCCUGAGUGUAGGGUGAUUGCAUUUACGGGUGAUAACCCUGCUUCACUCAUAGGGAUGUGUUUGAAGAAAGAUGAUAUAGCAGUAAGUUUGGGAACCAGUGACACAUUAUUCCUGUGUCUUAGUCAGCCCAAAGUUAUUCUUGAUGGUCAUAUCCUCAGCAGUCCAGUGGAUAAAGAUGCAUAUAUGGUUCUCUUGUGCUUUAAGAAUGGAUCUCUGACUCGUGAAAGAAUUCGUGAUACCUGUGCAGAGGGCUCGUGGAAAUUAUUCAACGAACUCCUUAACAGUACUCCUCGAGGGGACUUUGGGAACAUGGGAUUAUACUAUGACACACAGGAAAUCAUCCCAUUUGUGAAAGGGGACUAUCGCAGGAACAAAGCUAAUGUUGAGGUACCCAGAUUCAGUGGUAAGGAAAUAGAAGUUCGUGCUGUGGUAGAAGGACAAUUUUUGGCCAAGCGUGCACAUGCAGAAGACCUUGGAUUUACAUUAAGUAAGAACACUAGAAUCCUGGCCACUGGAGGAGCAUCAAACAAUCUAGACAUCCUUCAAGUUCUUGCUGAUGUCUUCAACUCUUCUGUCUAUACGCUGGAGGCAUCUAAUUCUGCCAUGUUGGGAGCUGCAUACCAGGCUAAGUAUGGUCUAAUGCAUCAAGAUAUAAGUUUUGCAGAUAUGACACAAAAUCUUCCUGCGCCUAGACUUGCCUGUACACCCAGUAAGGAUGCAACUGAGAUUUACACUCCAAUGGUUGAAAGAUAUAGAGCUUUUAUCAAGACCAUUACUAACCAGGGAUAAGUUUGAAUUCAGAAGUACCAGUUCAGCAUGUCACAGUGCUAGUACCAUAGUGAGCAUUGUGUGGCAGUAGUGUUUUGCAGCUGAAUAAAUACAGGGUAUACACAAAAGAAUGGUGCGGUUUCAAAAGUUAAUAAAAAAUUAUUUCUCACCUUACACCUGUAUGUUGUGCCUGUGUAAGGUGAGAAAUAAUUUUUUUAGUAACUUUUGAAACUGCACCAUUCUUUUGUGUAUACCCUGUAUAUUAUUGAAUUCAAUUGCAAUUCAUAAUUGUGUGACCAGAGUGUGAGGGGAGUAUUUUGUCUUUUUUGAUAACUGGGAUAUUUAUACACUUUAAGAACUUUGUAGUUUUAUAUAAUGCUGGGGAUACUGGAAUUAUUCCAGUGAAAACUAUACACACACACAUACAAACAUGCAGUUCUAGAAUAUAUUGUUGCCUUCAUGUUAAAUAUCUAAAACAUUCUAUAAUGUAAUAGAUAUUAAGUAAAUCUUGGUAUAAUAAAUGCCAAUGUAAUGAAAUUGUAACAUAUAAAUAUGGGUUUGUGGGACACCCAGUAAACAUUUUGCAUCUAUA